AUGAAUAUCACCCGCAGCGUAACUUCGGAGCGUGAUCGUGCUCUGCUGAGCGGCGACUACGAUGCCUACCACGCCCAAGCCACUCGCAAAAUCCACGCACUGAGAAGAAGACUGGGCGCUGCUACACCCAGAGGGCGAAAAUACACACCCAAGUCUCCUGUCACCUCUGCAAAUGUGGCUGAUAAUGCUGAGUGGGUGCAACUGCUGCUUGCAAGCGCGGAGCGGGCCUGGGCCAGUGCAAUGGCCAUGAAGUCUGCCCAGUCCCCAGAGAACACACAGAAACCCAUGCCUGGUUCUACAAAGACGCAGAUUGCGUCUCGAUUAAGACGGGCGAUCGCGUACGCCGAGAAUCUUGUUACGGUCCUUGAUGAGAGCGACGCGAAAGCCUCUGGGCUUGAUGUCCUCGAGGCCAAGGCCUACUUGUUCAUGCUGAAAGGCAGUCUCAAUUUCGAGAAGUCACAAUGGAAAGCGUGUCUGCGUAAUUACUCCCUUCCAAGGAUAACAUACACAACUUUGGGCAAGGCCGCAAAAAGCGAUGUCUACAAGGACCUUUUGUCUGCUAUCAUCGACCCCAGUCUCCGUUAUGCGGCCUUCCAGCUCAAGAUGCCCCGCACUAAGCCGGUCGAGGAGAUUGCAGUGGAAAGCUUUGCGGACGAUGAGGCGGCGACCAAAAUUGCUCUCGUCAAGCUGGAUUCGCAUGCUUUCCAGACCGCAAAGAACGAAACCCAGACAGAGUCUGGCUCUCACAACGCCCCCACUCACAUCACGUGGCGGACUCGCAAGGUCAAGCUUGAGGAUGCCACCAUCUCAGAAGCACUCGGUCGAGCCAUUGCCAAUGAAAGUAUCUUGAACGAAAAGCUUGAAGAGUACAAAGACAAGAAGCUAUCUCCGACCGACCUAGCAGCCGCUUAUGACGACGUCAUUGAGGCCAGGCAGGAUGCUGCGGAUGCCACCAAAUCAGCCAUCGAGGAGCUCAUGGCCGAGGGCAUCGACUCUGGCGACAGUCGCAUACAAUCCCUACAGAUUACACGCACAGCUGUCAACUACGCUGUCAUAGAAUACCGCAUUGGACGCAACAGAGUCCUCUGUGGUCCCUCUGACGGCCUUCAAUUCGAGCCUGAGCAGCGCAAACACUCAGCAAAGCAGUCCAAGAGCGGCAAGGGUCACACACCAAAGCCCGAAAGCACAGGGCGUCAGCUCUCUCGCUUGCGGGAGCGCACUGCCCUCUACGAAUCCAUACUUCAAUCGCUCGAUGCAGUCAAGGAACUCCCUGGCGUCAUCGCCGAUGAGGCUUUCGUCCGCGAGCUCGACGCCAAAUACGCCUACUUUCGUGCCCUCAAGUGCCUUGCCGUUGGCCGCUCUCACGCCCUCAACGGCCAAGUCGUCAACGCUCUGGCCCUCUUCGACCGCGCUUUAACACUCUCCCAAACCGCCUCAUCCAUUCUGCCGCCCUCUUCUUCUCCCGAGUUCACCGAGUCAUCGCCCCCUAAAGUCGAGCUCUCCACAUCUACCAUCGCCAUCACAACCGCCCACCUCUCCGCCCUCGUCACACGCCACCGUGGCCUGACCGAGCUCAAAAAUCUUUCCAACUCGGCUUCAAAGACCAACACCGCAAGUGCGCCCGUCUUUCAGCGCCCCUUGGCAGAAACCUUACAAUUGAACGUCUACCACGACGAUGUCGACCUCAAGAACAUUGUCAAUUACCCUCCGAGACUGCAGCCCAUCCCUGUUAAGCCGCUGUUCUUCGAUCUGGCGUGGAACUAUAUCCAAUAUCCUGGCCAUCAAAAAGAGGACGCGGCAAUCGAUGGACAAGCUGUGGAGAAGGACGUACAGGCCGAGAAGGCGCAACCGCAGCAGCCGCAGCAGGAGAAGAAGAAGGGCUGGUUUGGCUUCGGUCGCUAG